CAGAGGAAGAGGUUAAUCUUCGCGAUGGCAAGAACCAAGCAGACGGCUCGUAAAUCCACCGGCGGCAAAGCCCCGAGGAAGCAGCUCGCUACUAAAGCCGCCCGAAAGAGCGCCCCAGCCACCGGCGGCGUCAAGAAGCCCCACCGUUACAGGCCCGGGACCGUGGCUCUCCGAGAGAUCCGCCGUUAUCAGAAGUCCACCGAGCUGCUGAUCCGCAAACUGCCUUUCCAGCGCUUGGUGCGAGAAAUCGCGCAGGAUUUCAAGACGGACCUGCGCUUCCAGAGCUCCGCCGUCAUGGCCCUGCAGGAGGCCAGCGAGGCUUAUUUGGUCGGUCUGUUUGAGGACACCAACCUGUGCGCCAUCCACGCCAAGAGAGUCACCAUCAUGCCCAAAGACAUCCAGCUGGCGCGCCGCAUCCGCGGAGAGCGCGCUUAAACCCGCCGCUGCAGCCGCACCCCAAAGGCUCUUUUAAGAGCCACCAACACCGCACUGAACGAGACCAUUUCCACUGUAAUAUCGAACAUAAGAAAUGUGAAGUUAUAUUAAGGAGUUCAGUAUGGCUCUUAUUUUUAUUCAUUUUCCAAGUUUUAGGUUGCCAUUACUACAAAGUUGCACACAAACAAGCAGAACAUUACGGAUGUUGAUCAUUACGUAUUUAUGUAAUUCAGCAAGUCCAUUUACAAAUUAAUAAUUUAUUGUAAAUUGUCGUUUUUAAUCUGUUAACUGCGUCAUAAAUGUCUCUUGAAAUGUUGAAUGUGUCAGAAGAGAGGUAAUUUAGUUAUAAUCGGUGUGUAUUUAUGGGGGUAUUGAGAACCACUUAUUGUUUGACAUCUGUAG